AUGAUUCCAACGACACUCUCACAUACACAUCCCCAACCGUUCUCUUUUUCUCUCCCCACCCCACACCGGCGCGGCUAUUGCCUGCUUGCUGUUCUUCUGUUUGGGUUUUGUUCGAUGCAUAUGCAGGUGCAUGUGGUGCAUGUAUCGAAAUGCGUGACGCUGCAUACGGUUGAGACCCUUCUUCUCUUUAUUUUUCUCGGUCGAACGGGAUAUACCUCCUGCGAGAUCUCUCCAUCAGGCCAAUGCCGGAUCCAAAGGGUGUGUGAGUGUAUGUGUGUCCAUGAUACCGCAGUGGGACGACUCUACACGCACGACCAUACAACCUCCAUCCAUAUCGUCGACGACAACGAUGAACAACAUACCCACACGCACAACGAAUCGCGAGACGUAUAUACAUAUGUUUGCGCUUUCAAUUGCAUGCUCGUUCACUUGUUUUCUGGUUGUUUUGGCUGCUUGGUCAACGCAUACCCAAUCCAAAACGCUCGGAACUCCAAUAUGCCUCCACAGCUCGAUCGUCCCCCCAAAAAACAUAUACAGGCACGCAACAAGCGAAAGACCUAG